CCAAGACCCAAAUAUCCAUGCAUUGAGCUGGAGCGUUCAGCCGCUGUCUGUGGUUCUGGUGAAACAUCGCUGAUCUAUCGUCAGAUCACUUAUCGAGAGCAAAUGAACACCAUAACAAGUUACCUUGAUGCGUCAGGAAUCUAUGGUAGCACAGAAGAAGAAGCUUAUGAGCUUCGUGAUCUGUAUCCAGAUCGAGGAUUGCUAAGGUACCUUCUGACGAAUCAUUUACUUUUGAGGCAGUGUUAG